AUGAAUGAUUAUAAUGCAUUCAUUGUAAAUUGGAAUUCAGAUUCAGUAAAGAAAACAUUAGACGCACAAGUUGGUGAUACUAUAUCUUUUUAUUCAUGUGACGGUAAAUCCCACAGCAUAAAAAGUUCAGAUGGUUCAAUUACAUCUGGUACAUUCUCGGGUUCUGCUUCAAAUCCAGGAGUUUAUAUUGCUACUUUAAAGAAAGAAGGUACUAUUGAAUUCACCUCACCAACAGAUAGUGGCCUUUCAUUGGUUGCUACUGUUAUCCCAGCAUCUGACACUAUUAUAACAACUGGUUCUACUGGUUCAGGUACUCCAGGAACAGGAACAUCUACAACUGGUGGUUCAGGUACCACCGGAGGAGAAGGUGGCGAUGGCUCAUCCACUAGUACGGGUUCGGGGAGUAGUGGCGGAAUUACUAGUUCUUCCAGCAGUUCUUCUGCUUCUUCUUCCUCUUCAUCUGAUUCUUCAUUAGGCGGUAGCGGUUCGGGUAAUGAAAAUAUUGUCGAAACUGAAACACCAACAGCUACACCAACAGCUACACCAACAGCUACACCAUCUACUUCAACUGUUCCAACUGAGACUCCAUCAGUAACCUCUACACCAACUUCAUCACCCACAAACACCCCAGAUCUUGGUGAAGAUUCAAAUGGUAUUAGCUGUUUAAUGUCAAUGGAACAAAACCUAUUCGAUCAAUGGACUUAUGGAAAUGUAGUUUAUAAAGUUUACCAAGUUAAUUUUACAAACGAAGGCAUUUUACCAGUCAGUACCCUUACUUUAACUCCAUCCAAUACCAAUAAUUUAUUCUUUGUUUGGGAAUUCAAAUAUGAUGGUACCACAAUUACUCUUCCAACCUAUAGAGAUGUAGGUUCAAUUAAACCAGGUGGAAGUAUCAACUUUGGUUAUAUUUCUCAAAAUGGUGAUGUUACUUUUGAUGUUCAAUCAUAUUGUGAGGGUUCUACAACCACACCAACACCAACAGAAACACCAACCACAACCCCAACAGAAACCCCAUCUACAACCCCAACAGAAACACCAACAACCACCGAAACCCCAACAGAAACCCCAACAACCACCCCAACAGAAACACCAACCUCAACACCAACAAAUCCAUCAACUGGAUGUAAUGCUGAGGUCAAUCAAGAGGUUGUUAACAGAUGGGUCAAUGGUGAAGUCGAUCAUUAUAUUCAAGUACAAGUCACAAUUAAAAACAAAGGUACAAGUCCAAUUAGAAAAUUCAAUUUCUAUUCAGAAGCCGAGCAAAUUUGGUCUGUUGAUAAAGUAGAUACCAACAAAUAUAGCUUACCAACAUGGGCAUCAAUUAUUCCACCAGGUGGUUCUCAUUCAUUUGGUUAUAUUAUGAAAGCAACAGAAUUAGCAACUUUAGAACAAGUUGAAUACAGUUGCGAAUAA